UUGGUACCAGUAAAGGGAAAAAAAACACCAAAUGGAAGCAUUUCUUGUAAUUUCUUACUAAAAAGUAAAAGCUGAAACUGAAAGGAGCUCAAAUAGAUCUAGACUGUUAGGUGCAGGCAUUGUCUCAAAUGAUCCUCCAGCAUAAUUGAUUUCAUAUUGGUAUAAAAAGGCACUCAGGCAACCGCUAGUAUGACAAGGAAGGAAUAAAUACCAAUUUUAAAUAAUCAACGCUGUACAUACCUUUACACUAAUAGCAAUGGCCUACCCGUCGGUAUGCUCAGGACGAGAUAGUCUGACUGGAUUGGACAAAAUUCCAAGACCAUUUUUGAUUGGAGUAGCAGGAGGAACAGCCUCUGGAAAAAGUACAGUGUGUGGUAAAAUCAUGGAACAGCUGGGACAGCAGUCAGUUCUGGAACAUAACAGGAGAGUCGUCAUUAUUAGUCAAGACAGUUUCUAUAGAGAUCUUUCCCAUGAAGAACAUAAAAAGGCCAAUAAAGGAGGCUACAAUUUUGACCAUCCAGGUGCAUUUGAUGUUGAACUGAUGUACAAUACACUAGUAGAUGUGAAAGCUGGGAAGAGAGUUGAAAUACCUAAAUAUGAUUAUGUUGCACACAAAAGAACAUCAGAGGGAGCCACUGUAAUACACUCUGCAGAUGUUGUUCUCUUUGAGGGGAUUCUAGUUUUCUAUUUCCCUGAGAUCCGAGAUCUAUUCAACCUGAGAUUGUUUGUAGACACAGACCCAGAUACUCGAUUGUCUCGAAGAGUGCUACGUGAUAUAGAAGAAAGGGGCAGAGAACUUGACCAGAUCUUGAACCAGUACAUGACACUAGUCAAGCCAGCAUUUGAGGAGUUUUGUUUACCUACUAAAAAAUAUGCAGAUGUCAUAAUACCUCGAGGUGCAGACAAUGUAGUUGCUAUUGACUUGAUAGUUCAACAUAUCCAGGAAUUGAUGCGGCCUAACAGGACCAACAGAAGGCAGAGAAAUAACUCUGAUUCAAUAGUUGGCCGACCACACUGAGGCUGAUGUGUCCUACAGCAUUGACAUGUUUCUUUUCACCAUGUUUACUAUUUAUAGAUAUAUGUACAUAGUUUUAAUGUUUUAGUUUCAUCUGUUAAGUGUACAUAAUUUUAUGCCCACAGUUGUGAUUGACCAUUUUAUAUUAUUAUUGCAGUGCCAUGGAUUGUAAAAUAUAUCCCCUAAAGUUGGCAUGGGUUGAUUCCAGUGUUGAACUAAUACUAGUGAAAGAAUUUGAGAACUAAAUCUGUUUCUGUUUAGUGAGACCAAAGAUACAUGACUUUGUAUAUUUAGUUUGUUUUUUUAUGACAAUCCCAAUACUUUUUUUUUGAUAAGGGAACUGGGCAGGUCUAUUUUAAAUAACUAGAUCUUAAACCAAAUUAGAAAGAAACUUUUGAUAGUACAAUGAAAGAAUGGCUUGAAGUAUUGUUUGAUACAAUAUAUUAUUUAAUGCUUAACAUUCUAAUGUAUUAGGGUACUGGUAGUUAAAUUGUGACUAUGAAAUCCUGCUUUGUUUAUAUUGACCAUUGGAUGAACCUUAUGAUAAUAUGUAAGAUUUUUUUUUUUAAUUUUAGUGUCCUAUUAGUAGUAGCCUAUCAGCUGUUCAGUUAAACCUACUACUAAUAGCAUAGGACAGCUUCAAAGAAUCAGUCUAGUAAAAUAAAGAGAAAUUUCUAACAAUA